AUGGACGGAAGUCAGCUUUAUGCUGAGGCGCUGGUAGCGCGCAGGAGUGACAUCGUCACUGUUCGUCUCGCGGCGGGCACUCAUGUCACGGUGCCUAAGGUCCCUGUGGACCUGGGCGUGAAGUUUUUGGAUUUCGAUAGCGUGGAACGCUGUCUGGUCUUAGAUCUCGAUUCGAGAUAUGAUCUCAUCCUUGGUAUGGCGUGGCUGGAACGCUACGAGCCUUGGAUCGAUCGGAGGUCGAAGACCCUUGGUGCUACGCACUUCUCUCCUGGCGGAGCAUUGGCGAGUCAUGAACCCACCUCUGCUAGGAAGCCGAAGCGCUUCUGGCGCGAGCACUGGACCGAGUCGGUCAAUGUGCUGGACAUCGGAGUCUUCGAGUUGGUGGGCACUGAGUAUGUCGAGAACGAGCGUUCCGAGCGUGGCUCGCGGACGGCAGGUGGGUCGGCACGAAUUCCGCUGAGCGGGUGUGCGUCUGAGGACGACGCCCUGCUGUAUUCAAGUGAAGACAAGGUCGGCAUGAAGCCGAGGAGCCAUGGGCGCGGCCCGGCUGUUGAAGGAUGUGGGGCGGCACUAAUUCCGCUGAGCGGGCGUGCGUCUGAGGGCGACGCCCUGCUGCGUGCCGGUGAAGGCGCGGUCGGCACGAUACCGAAGAACAAGGGGCUUUGCCCGGAUGAAGAUCGUGGAGUGGCACGUAAUCCAUUGAGUGGAGGCUGCGGAUCAUGCAGCUCUUCGCUGAGUGUCGGUAAAGACACUGGAGCUCCCCUGGAGCUGAACGAGGUGGUGACACCUGGCAUCAAGACGCACGCGAAAUUACGGAGCUCUUCAGGGCGGACGGUGUCCAUGAAGAGGAGGCAGCGCCGCAAAGCGCUGGCUGUGAGACGUAAGGCGUCUGCGAUCUCACGAGUCGAGAAGGGCGUGUCGAGCGGUGAGGCUCCACGCGAGAGCGAGCAGCUCUAUACACUCAUGAAUGGAGUGACGGGCGACGUCGACGGAGGUAUCAACCUCGACGACUUGCCCUCACUGUCUGCUCUCCUGGAGCCGGACGAGAUGUCCUUGGCCGAGUUCGGCGAAGCCUUGAAGGCUGGAGACUUGGCUGAGGUUGUGGCCAGGAAGGGCCUUGCGUACACGCUCAAUCUUCCGAAGAAGAUGCGGACGCACCCCGUCUUCUACGUGGGCUUGCUCAAGCCAUACCAGGACCCGAUGCAGGUGCAGAUGGAGGCACCGAGGGUGACGAGGUCACAGGCGCGGAGGCCGCGGUCGUCGAGGACGCAGUCGCAGGCGUCGAGGACGCGGCCAUCCACGCGGGCACCGCAGGCACAGGCGGAAGAAUCGGCGCCGGAGGUGCCGCGGGCACAGCGAGAGCCGCAGGCGCUGGAGGCGCAGCAGUCGGAGCCUGCAUGCGGGCCAGGAGGUCGAGAUGACCCUGAAGCACAGUCUGCUGACGCUUGCCCCAAGGCGGUCCCAGACCUCUCGAGGUACCUCGCUCCAUUGAGUCCGCUCGGCGAGCUGGUCGAGUUCAGUGGCAAUCCGGCCCAGACGCGCAUCAACGUCAUGGAUGUGAUCCCGAAGGCGACUCGCCUGCUGCCGCGCCUCCAAGAGCUCACCUUGAGUCGCAAAGGGGCCCCCAGCGGCCUCCACCAGCUCUGCUCGAUGAACAUGGGAAUCUGCAUUACUAUGUGGAGCGCCUCCUGGCGAAGCGGCGGUGCCGGGGUCAAAACCAGUAUCUG